AAUAUAUUUAAACUGACUCCGGUUCUAAACAUAUGGUUUGGUAUAAGAUGAAAGAGGAUGCAAUAUAUCUAACCCUGGUCUAACCUCGACAUACAGGUGUCCUCAACCUCUAGUCUCGAGCAUCCUCUUCCAGAAUGUUGAAGCAGAAGGGUGAGAUGAAUUUUCUGCACAAAUUUUGCGAUGACACGCUAAAUUUGCAAACAUUGACUGCAAACCAGUUCUUUGGGAUUUGGGAGCAUUAUGACACGGACGGGAAUGGAUUUAUAGAAGAGAAUGAAUUGGUCGAAUUUCUCCGGGAGUUCAUUGACUCUGUCUCUUCAAAGGAUGAACUUCAGCAGAUUUCUGACUCUGAAAUAGAAAACCUGAAAGAAAUGUUUCUGGAGACUUAUGAUACAAACAAGGAUGGAAGGAUUGAUAUCAGAGAGUUGGCGCAACUUCUACCGAUGGAAGAGAACUUUCUUCUUCUCUUUAGAUUCGAUAAUCCGCUGGACUCUAGUGUAGAGUUUAUGAAGAUAUGGAAUGAAUAUGAUUCUGAUGGAAGUGGAUUUCUCGAAGCAAAUGAAUUGAAGAAUUUUCUCCGAGAUCUUCUGAGAACUACCCACAGGGGUCAAGGCGUACAUGAGGAUCAGCUUAUAAUGUACACUGACGUAAUGCUGCAGAUGUUUGACUCUAACAAGGAUGGAAAGCUCCAACUGUCUGAAAUGUCCCAAUUGCUGCCUGUGAAAGAGAAUUUUCUAACUCGUCAAAUGUUUACGGGAACCAAUACAAUUACGAGAGAAGAUAUUGAACAUGUAUUCGCAUUGUAUGAUAGAGAUUGUAACGGGUAUAUAGAGAAUGACGAGCUGACAGGAUUUCUAAAGGAUAUGCUGGAACUUAUAAAAAAGGAUUAUGAUUGCACUGAUAUAAGUGAUUUCUACGACACUAUAAUGAAAGGAUGUGACACUAACAGGGAUGGAAGAGUUUCAAAAAAGGAGCUCACGAUGGUUCUUCUUGCAAUCUCUCAAAUCUAAUUUCAUGUUUUUACAUUUAUUUUAAAAUAUUCCUUAAACUUCAAAAUACAGGGUUAACCACAAAGGAUGAGACGUU